AGAAAGCAUCGGACGCGACGGCGGCUUCCUGGCUGGGCUGGGGGGGUCGCGAUGGAGGACGACGCGCCGGUGAUUUACGGGCUGGAGUUCCAGGCACGAGCUUUAACACCUCAGACAGCAGAAACAGAUGCAAUAAGAUUUUUGGUUGGAACGCAGUCUCUUAGAUAUGAUAAUCAGAUUCACAUCAUAGAUUUUGAUGAUGAAAAUAACAUUAUAAACAAAAAUGUUCUUCUUCAUCAAGUGGGUGAAAUUUGGCACAUUAGUACAAGUCCUGCUGACAAAGGUGUACUUGCAACCUGCUACAAUAAAACUUCAGACACUAAAGUCAUGACAUGUGCUGCUGUUUGGAGGAUGCCGAAGGAAUUGGAAUCAGGCAGUCAUGAAUCCCCUGAUGAUUCAUCAAGCAACACUCAAACCCUGGAGCUACUCUGUCACCUUGACAACACAGCCCAUGGCAAUAUGGCCUGUGUUAUGUGGGAGCCAAUGGGAGAUGGUAAAAAGAUUAUUUCACUGGCUGAUAACAACAUAUUAUUGUGGGAUUUGCAGGAAAGUUCAGCCAAAGCUGUGCUGUCUAGUUCCACAGCCUUGGAAGGGAAAGGACAAUUAAAAUUUACUUCGGGCAGAUGGAGUCCACACCACAAUUGUACCCAGAUUGCCACGGCCAACGAUACCGCUGUCCGAGGCUGGGACACACGGAGCAUGAGGCAGAUAUAUUGUAUAGAAAAUGCACACGGGCAGCUGGUACGAGACCUGGACUUCAAUCCCAAUAAACAGUACUACCUGGCUAGCUGUGGAGAUGACUGCAAGGUGAAAUUCUGGGACACAAGAAAUGUCACAGAACCAGUGAAGACACUAGAGGAGCAUUCCCACUGGGUCUGGAAUGUCAGAUACAAUCAUUCUCAUGAUCAGCUGAUCCUUACAGGAAGCAGUGAUAGCAGAGUUAUCCUGUCUAAUAUGGUAUCAAUUUCUUCUGAACCAUUUGGCCAUAUGGUAGAUGAUGAUGAACUCAGUGACCAGGAGGACCAGCAUCAAGAAGAGAAGAUUUUUGUGUACAGGCCUUUCAGGAUUAAAGAGCCCCUUCAGGACAGUGUAAUAGCUACCUAUGAAGAACAUGAAGAUAGCGUAUAUGCAGUGGAAUGGUCCUCAGCAGACCCGUGGCUAUUUGCAUCUUUAAGUUAUGAUGGGAGACUGGUUAUUAACAGGGUUCCAAGAGCCCUUAAAUAUCAUAUACUGUUAUAAUUUGUUUGAGUUAUUCUGGAGCUGUUAACUUGAUGUACACAACUGGUAGGUAUUGUUAAAGGGUUUUUUCAGGAUCUGGUUUUUUUUAAGUAUUAAAGUUACAAUUUUGUUAGGAAUAUCUCUACUGAUGUAGACUUGUAAUUUUGUCUUUUAUAUUUGCCUUGAGAAACUAUGAUGCAUUUUCUGAAGGCUGUGCUACCUAGAUGAUUGAGGGGUUAAUCACUUUGUGAACUCUAAAGUUUCUGCUGAUAAUGGGUACAUUCCAUACUAUUGCUUUAUUACAUCAGCUUUAUGCAAAUAUAAGGAAUUACGGAAAUGUUAUUAUGCUGAUACAAAACUGGGACACUGUAGGGUUCAUGUAGCAGAAGCAUGGAUCUACUUGUUUUCAAGAAUAAUAUUCUACAUUUCUUGUAUAUGCAGCCUUCUGCUUUUAGCUAGGGCCAUGUUCCACUAAUUGUUCUGGCUAUAAAUACAGUUGGAAGUGGUCUUAAAAGGCUUUCUUAAUACCAUCUAAUAUUUUAAACACUUUUUCUCCCAUUUUGCAUGUCUUCAGAAGGAAUGUUUUUUGUGAAAGUGAAACCUUCGAAAUAUAAUUUUCAUUUGAGCCUUUUGGUAGUAGCAACAAAGUCAAAUCCUGCAAAUUGUGAACUAAUUCUCAGUUCUCAGAUAUGUAUUGUUCUGCAAUUCUCAGAUAUGUAUUGUUACUGGAAACAGUAUUAGUCUUUACCAAAAUCUCUGAUAUACUCACAUAACGUGUUAUCCCAUAUUUAUAGGUUAAGUUGUGCUGUGAGGGACUCUGGAGCUAUGCUACUGUUGACCUGAAAAAUCUCUUUUAAUAUUUGUCUACUUAGACUUUCUUACCCUACUGGAUCUGUGCCAAUCUCCAGUAUGCUGGCAUAAUGUAAAAGGCUUGCAGCUAAGCACAAAAUAUCCUUUACUGUAUCCUUACUUUUUGCUAUAGGUGACCUAGACAUUGCCUGUUAUGUUGUUACAAAUGCUGAGAACAGGAAGAUGCUGCACUGUAGGAGAAUACGCAGGAAAUCUCAAGCGUAGGUGGAAGGCAUGGUGAAACAUUCCUGUACAUAUUGACAUCCUGUCUUCCCCUGGCAGAGCUUGCACUAAGAUGAAGAUUUGCUGCUUGCUCUUUGUGUACCCAGGCUAACUGUAAUAUUAAUUAUUCCCUGCUGCCUUUUCAACACUAUUAUUUCCCUUUAGCAUCAGAACUUGGGUAUGUGUGACAGUGUUGGUUGUAGUAGCAUUGUGUAAGACUACUCUGAAGAAAUGGCAAUGAACAUGUGAUGGAAAGAUCAAUACCAAACUCUUCCAGUGAUCCCUCCUGUCGCUAUGGCAACUGUUGGUGUUAGUGGUGAGGGACAGCGUGCUGCUCACCUCUGCUUGUCCUUACCCACUCUUGGAUCGAAGUGUCCAAAUGUGAUUUGUUGUGUCCACACAGCUGCUUCAGUGAGAUCACAUUUGGAGAGCAUGACUGACUGCUAUAGGCCAAAACAUCCAGAAAAGAGGACAGUUGAAUUCCAUUUCUGGCUUUCUUAAGGAGCUUAUUUGGAAAAAUUCAUAGGAGUGAAGUAAUCCAAUUAAAUCAUCUGUACUAUUGUUUGUAUUUGUGUUAAUGAUGUUACCUAUCUGCUCCAGAAUGAAUGCUUCAUUGGAAAUUCUGAUUAUCUGAUUUUCUGCAUUUAUAUUUUAAACUUGUGCUAUUUCAAAUCAUUUCAAUCUGUAAUUAGGCAUGAGCUAUUCACCUGUAUACUGUAAGAAGAGCUACAUUUCCAAAUCAAUAGUACUUCAGUUGUCUGAACAUCAAAAUCCUUGGCUGGGCUGCUGCUUUUUAUGUGGAGCUUUUCAUCAGACACAAAAUCUUGUUGGGUAUCGUGUCUGUCCUGCCUGUGUGCCACCCUCCCCACCCAGCCCUCUGGAAAAAAAAAUGAAAAAACCUCUGCAGUAUAUCUUUGGUAUACAGCAGAACUCCUUAAAGCUUUCUUCACAUAAGCAAUAAAGGUCUAAUGAAACUUUGUCUGGCAGUGUGUAUGGGUGGCAGUGUGAAGGUGAUGGGGAAAUUGCCUAACAUUGUGUGGGAUUUGACUUUGAUUUUUAACAUGUAAUAAAUGCAGGAUAGAUUUCAGGCUAA